AACUGCUGCCAAAUUAUACAAGUCUUCGAAAAACAAAACCCAGAUAACUUCAUCAAUUAAAAUGGUCAAGUCUCAGAUUUAUUUUAAUUUAUGUUGCAUAUUCUGCAGCGUUGCUCAAGCCUUGGUCGUCAACGAAUGUAGCCAAGGUGGCCUGGUUCCUGAAGAAGUGAUUGUCGACGAUUGUGAGCCAGAUGCGGCCGUUUGUCCAGUGAAAUUUAACGGCUUGUUUAAUAUGACAAUGAAAUUCAAAGCUCCGCAUUACUUGGAGUCCAUCAAAUCCAAAAUGAUUGUGAAAACUGCUUUCGGAAAUAUCGAGCCCAAGGGAGAAUCUGUCAGCAAUGACGUAUGCGCUGGUAUUUUAAACACAUUUUGCCCGCUUGUGGAAAAGGAAUCAAUUGAAUACAGAUAUUCUACAAAGCUGGUUGUCCCGCUAUUUAUACCAGUUACUUUGGAGUUUAGAAUCCUGGACACAGUGUUAAAUGAAACUGUCGUUUGUUUUAUUUUAGAUGUUAGCCCCAGUAAACUUUAAGGUUUAUUUUGUACACCUAGUCUUUAUGUUAUAUGUCUAAUAAUUGUUAUAUGUUUAACUUAUUUAUUUAUUUUUAAUUUUUUUUAUCAAAUAAAUCUAUUUUUGUAA